AUGGCUAAGUUGUAUUACCUCGUCAAAAAUCUCAAAAAAUAUCCGGAGCUCAAAAAGGAAAUAAGGUUCCCCACGGCUGUAGGGACGGCCGGAAAAGGAAAAGCCACAUUUGCUCGGCGAGCGUAUGACAAUUCAGAAAUUUACUCUAAGGUUGUAAAAUCUGAAGUUGUAGAGACGGUAAGAGAAUGUCAUGAAGCAGGUUGGAAUUUUCGAAUUGCAUGUGAUGAUUUUUCAGAGGCAGAGCUUAUGGAGAACCCUGAGGCGUCUUUUAGAAAAAUUUUGCUAUGCGAGGCUUUGAAAUAUCGGCUGGACGCUCUUGUAGUAUCAACAGUUUUGCAAAAUUUAGCCAAAUUUUAG